AUGGCUCCCAAGUCUCUUGACCUCGUCCCCGAUGACUACCACUUCUUCCGCUCUCAAUUCACCAAACAAGUUCCUCUUCCCACGGACAUCUCCCUGGCUAGUAGCACCAUCAUCAUUACGGGUGGAAACACCGGCAUUGGCUAUACGGCCGCUGAGUCCUUCUUGGCUAUGAACCUCAAGCGCCUCGUCAUCGCUGUGCGUACACCUUCAAAGGGCGAAGCAGCUGCAGCCACACUGCGCGCCAAGUACCCCACUGCCGAGAUCCUCGUCUGGCAAGUCGAUAUGCUCUCCUACAAAAGCAUUCAAGCCUUUGCCAAGCAGUGCGAGACCCUUGAUCGUAUCGAUCUCGCCAUCCUCAAUGCUGGAACUCAGAUGACCAAGUUUGUACUGAGUCCUGAGGGCCAUGAAUCCUCGUUCCAGGUUAACUACCUGUCUACUGUUCUCCUUGCAACUCUUCUGCUGCCCACUCUCAAGCAGAAGGCUCCCGCCGGACAGCCAGGUCAUCUCACCAUCGUCGGUUCAGGGACCGCUCUAACAGCCGAGUUCCCUAAUGCGAAAGACGAGAGCGUCCUCCCCUUCUACGAUGACGAGGCCAACUUCUAUGGUGGCGCAAACCCACUUCCCUCGUACGGAAAGCACAAAGCUCUCUCGCACUUCUGGAUGCUCAAGCUCGCCGAGCGCGUCAGCGCAGACGAUGUGAUUGUAAACGUUGUCGACCCAGGACUGAUAAGAAACACCGGUCUUCAGCAACAGGGCAAUGCGGUUGUUCGCUAUGUCAGUGCAGUCUUCAAGUGGUUUCUGGCCCGAAGCCUGGAGCAGGGUGCCAGCACUUUUGUGCAGGCAGGAGUUGUUAUGGGAAAGGAGAGCCACGGAUCAUUUGUCAUGGACUGGAGGAUUCACCACUACACAAAGUUCCUGCACACCGCAGAGGGCAAGGCUUUUGCAGACAAGCUCUGGUAUGAAACUCUCAAGGAGUUUUCCUUUGUUGAUGUUAAUGGUAUUCUAAACUCUUUGUAA